UGAAAUUUCCAGUUCCAUUUUCUAGGCUCCAAGGUAAAUACGGCGGAGCCGCAAUGCUCGAGCCACCUCGUUGUGCACACAUUGAAAUUGCUCCAUGCAAUUGUCCCCGUGCAAUUAGGGGAGAUGGCUCUCGAUAAGGACUGGUGUUUAAGUCAAUUGCAGCACCACCUCCCUGCGAAAGGUCCUUUGGCCCGUCAGUCGCUUUUAGUGCCUGCGCCAUGCUGGCCAACUUGGAUCGGAGCAUCGCAGCCGAGGUGCUGGAACUCUACGGCCUGGUGGCUCAGUUCCUCCUGGGGCGAGAGACCACCCUGGUGUACUACAAUCCCGCAGGCCUCGACUGCAGCUGGAGUGUCCUGUGGCAGCGCAACCUGACCUCCCAUCCGCAGAUCGUUGGGCAGCGGAGCUAUCCCCGCCCGGAUCUCUAUGAUCGCUUCAACAGUGGACUCCUGGUGCUGGCCUGCCUGUCAGCGGACUCGCGGGCUGCUGGCCAACUGGAGACCCUGGCCUCUAGCCUGAGGCACCUGCGAAUGGUGCCCCUGCUCAUGGAAGUGGCUGGGUCCGAUCAGGAGUCCCUGGCUAGCCAGCUGCUUUCGUUUUGCCUGCGCCAGAGCAUGCUCCACGUGGAGCUGUACUUCCGCAACUACAACCACCCCCUGUUCCUCUACUCCUUUCGGGCCUUUCCAAGCUUUGAGCUGGCUAGGAGGCGGAUCUCAGGCGGAAGGGCAGUGGAAAUCUUUGCCAAUAAGCUGGCGAACCUGCAGGGUCAUCGCCUGCGCGUCAUGCCGGACCUGUCGCCGCCGAACACCUUUUCCUACCGAGAUGCCCGGGGACAGAGCCAGGUGGCCGGCUACCUGUGGGAGUUCAUGGCCAACUUUGCCAGUCGCAUAAACGCCGGCCUGGAGGUGGUGCGUCCCAACUGGCGUGCUGGUGGCGCCGCCGAGAGCUCAUACAUGCUCAAGUACACUGCCCAGGGCCUCAUAGACGUCGGCCUCACCACAACGUUGAUUAACACGCGAAACCUCUGGGCCAUCCAUCAGUACACCUAUCCGAUACUCAUCUCCAGAUGGUGCACCAUGUUGCCGGUGGAGCGUCCUCUGCCGACCGCCGACCUCUUCGGCAGGAUUCUGUGCCCGGCCUUGGCGGUGAUUUUAAUGCUUGUCACCAUCUUCGCCUGGCUGGUGCUCAGGAACCCCAGCUGCGUGCUGCUGCUAGGGAAUCCGAGGUUGACCCUGAUCGUGCCCCGACUGCUGGCCCUGCUCCUACUGACCACCUGCAGUGCCCAGCUGCUGUCUCUGCUGAUCUCACCGCCGUUCCACGAGAGGAUCACCAGCUUCGAGGAUCUGCUGCACGGCGACCAGAAGAUCCUUGGCAUCCGCAGCGAGUUCUACGACUUCGAUGGGGCCUUCCGGGCGCGGUAUGCAGGCAUAUUCCACCUGAUCGACGACCCCGACGAGCUGUACGACCUGCGGAACCACUUCAACACAACCUGGGCCUACACCAUAGCCUACGUCAAGUGGCUGGUGAUGAACACCCAGCAGCGACACUUCUGCAAGCCGGUCUUCCGCUUCUCCGAGGACCUCUGCUUCAUCGACUUUAUGCCCACCAGCAUGGUUGUGGCCCCCGAAUCGGUCUACUGGGAGGCCCUGAAGGACUUCACAUUCGUCGCGAGCCAAGCUGGCCUUCAGAAGCACUGGGUCCGCAAGAGCUUCUACGACAUGGUCAGGGCCGGAAUGAUGCACAUCAAGGACUACAGCGAGCUCGUUACCCUUAGGCCUCUGAACAUCGCCGAUCUUCAGCUGGUCUGGCGCAUCUGCGGAGCGGCGAUCGUGGUGGCCUUUGCGGUUUUCCUGGGGGAGUUGUUGUUUUUCUAUGGCAACGUGUUUCUCAACAGCUUGUAGGGUACCUUUGACUCGAGUUCCGACUUUUUGACUACACUAGCCGACAUAAGUAUUUUGACAAAACAAAAGUUAAGUAUACUCGUCCGUCCGUCUGUCCGUCCGUUUCUACGCAAACUAGUCUCUCAGUUUUAAAGCUAUCGGACUCAAAUUUCCCAAAAGUCUUCUUUCUAUUGCAGGUAGUAUAUAAGUCGGAACCAGCCGGAUCGGACAACUAUUCUUAUAGCUCCCAUAGGAACUAUCGGGGAAAUAAUUUUAAAAAAAAUUAUA